ACUACCUGGGACUUUUCCAACCCUCCUGGUCAGGCUUUCUUGCCCACUUGUGACUGGAAAACCGCAGCAGUGACAACCAAGUUGUUGCUUUCUGCGUGAUUUAAAAGAAGAGUUCUUGAUUACUGCUUUGAGGAUGGCUUAGGAGUUGCUAGUUUGUAACUCCAGCCAGUUGUAGAACUGGCAAUUUUCUUCUUUUGGGAUAGAGAGACAGCAAAAGGUGUUGAUGUGCCAUAUUUGGAGUUGUGGAAGUGUCGGUGCGAAGUCCAUUGGCCUGCUGGUUUAGUGCAAUGCUUUAUUGCUUUGGGGGUUCAGUUUUGUCCUCCUUGAUGCUUGGUGAACCUCCAGUUGCAUUUCUGGCAAAGACCAUAAAUAUUCUACUGGCAUCCUCAGUCUGGUAUCUAGCGUUUUACUGCCCAGAAGACAUAUUCUGCCGCUGCUUUUCCUUUCUGCCUCUUCGUCUUCUGGUGGCAGGAAUGAAAGAAGUGACAAGGACUUGGAAGAUCACAGAUGGCAUUGCACAUGCAGACAUUGUCUACAAAGACGCCUGGCUUGUCAUGGUAGCUGUGGGCUGGGCCAGAGGUGCUGGUGGUGGCCUAAUUUCCAACUUUGAGCAGCUGGUGAGAGGAGUGUGGAAACCUGAAACCAAUGAGCUCCUGCAGAUGUCCUACCCUGUGAAGGCAACUUUGAUAGGAGCAGUUCUUUUCACCCUGCAACGCAGACAAUACUUGCCAAUAGCAAGACACAACCUUAUGUUUUUAUACACCAUCUUUCUUGUUGUCUUCAAGGUAAAAAUGAUGUUGACAAGAUGUGCAACUUCUCCACUUGCUCCCUUUGAGGCUGCAAUGGGCCAAAUGUUUUUUGGCUCACGAAAGAUACCUUCCAAAGUGAAGGGUGAAGGUGCCACAUCUUCCAACGGCUCUUCAGUCUGUGACCAGCCUUCUGAGCAGCACCAUGAGAGUGCUAAGAAAAAACAAGCAAAGAAAACAGAAUAAGUGGCUUAAAAUCCUUGUGAUGGUCAUGAAGAUGUUUGUCUUCCAGAUUAGGCUGGCUGAGAAGUUCCUCUAAGGAAAUGAGAACAGGGCUGUGUUGUGGUUUGCCUUUUGGAAUGUGUUAUGUAAGCUAUGUGUAAAUGCACAUGUUGGAUUUGUGAGUUAAAACUACAAAUUUUUAUGGUGGUUAAAAGUUUACUAAUUUUUGUAUUUAUGAUAACUUCAAAUGUUUAUAUGUUUAAAAGAUAGUUUCAAAAAUGUGACAAUCAUGUAUAUAUUUUUUUCCUACUGUGUUACUUGUUUUACAUCUUCCUAUUCCCCAGUUCUUAUAUUUCAUUUUGAUAACACUGAUUUGUACUGUCAGGUGUUCACUGUAGCACAUCCCAAAUAAGAAAGUAAUUAGAUAAGGCUUAAUCACAUUGCACUGUGUGAAACCAUAAAAAUAUACCAAUUUAAUGCCUUUAACUAGAAAAGUAACUGAAUUGUUGUUGUAAUUCACAUUGCAUUGGUCUAGGUUUUCUUCAUUCUUAAAUAUUUUUAAAUAUUUUUAGUGUUUUAAAAUGAGAGUACAUUAUCUGGUACUUAAAAAAAAUCUUUACAGUUAGCAAGUAGAAACAUAGCAAUAUUUUUCUUGUUGACUUAGUUGGACUUUUUAUUUACAAGUAUUUGAGAUGUAGGUGUUUUUUGCCACAUUGGUGUUUUACAAGUGGUUUGUGGUUAUCUUUUGCUUCAUAUGGGUCUAGACAUUAUUUGCCUGUAUUUUUUUUUCCAAGCAUAUGCACUUAUUUCUUUUCAAAGUCAAACUUUAGUAGAAAGAAGAAUACUGGACAGUACAUUUACCUUGUUUAGUGAGCACCCUCAGGUGCAAGACAGGAAUGGGAGCAGAAUGUUGCCCUCAUAAUCCCUGAGGGAAUGGUCAGUGAGCUGCUAGAACACCUAGACACUCCCAAGUCGUGGGAUGGGAUCCACCCAGGGGUGCUGAGGGAGUUGGCUGAGCCAGCUCACUGAGCCACUUCCAAUCAUUUACCAGCAGUCCGGGCAAACUGGGGAGGUCCCAGUUAACUGGAGGUUGGAAAAUGUGACACAUAUCUACAGGAAUCGUCAGAAGGAGGAUCCAGGGAAUUAGAGGUCUGUGACCUGCCCUCAGUGCCAGGGAGGCCAUGGAGCAGAUCACCUUGAGUGCCAUCAGCAACAGGAACAGGACAGCCAGGGUGUCAGGCCCAGCCAGCCUGGGUGUAGGAGAGGCAGGUCCUGCCUCACCAACCUGAUCCCUCCUGUGACAAGGUGACCUGCUCAGGGGCUGAGGAAAGGCUGUGGCUGUGUCUGCCUGGACUUCACAAAGCCUUUGACACCUUCUCCCACAGCAUCUCCUGGAGGAGCUGGCUGCUCAUGGACAGGGCCCUGUUCUGUGGGUGAAGG